UUCUUCUGGGUCCUUCUGGUGAUCUUCCUCACGGAGCUGCUGCUGAUUUUCAUCGAAAUCAUCUUUGAAAGCAAGAUGAACGCGGUUCUCCACUCCAACAUCCAAGAAGGCAUCAGACACUAUUACGACGACCUCGACUUCAAGAACAUCUUGGAUUUUGUACAGAAAAAGUUUUCGUGCUGCGGCGGCGAUGAGUACCGCGACUGGGAGGUUAACCAUUACCACUCCUGCAACGGCAGCGGGCCGCUGGCCUGCGGGGUGCCCUACACGUGCUGCGUCAGGAGGGUUCCCGGAGAAGUCGUUAACACGCUGUGUGGCUACCGGACGCUCGAUAAAGAGCGCCUGGAGCUGCUCGACGUCAUCCACGUGCGAGGCUGCAUCCACGCUGUCGGGCUCUGGCUCAAAGACAACUUUGAGGCUACUUUGGGCAUCGUUUGCUCGCUGCUCCUUCCUCAG